AUUUCAAUUUUUGCUUUUUGAUUAGGUCAUUUUCUUUUGCUUCUUUCGUUCUCAUUGUCUUUAGAAGACAAAACAGAGAAGAGAAAAAAUGGAAGCUUCAAGCACAAGAAGCGAGAAAAAGAAGAAGAAGACGAUUGAGAGAGAAAACACCGAUAUCCAGAAGAACAAAAAGCUACCCAGUGUUUGGUUUUCACUGAAGAAAUCUCUCCCCUGCAAAUCUGAUGUCUCCGAUGUACACAUUCCGAGAUCCAGAAAAGAGCUCACUCCCAUAUCCACUAAGAGAACAACAACCUCCUCCGGCGGCGUCGGUGGCCGGUCCGGUUGUUCCAGAUCCAUAGCCAAUCUUAAAGACGUAAUCCAUGGAAACCAACGGCAUUUGGAGAAGCCGCUUUGCUCUAGCCCUCGUUCUAUCGGAAGCAGCGAGUUUCUCAAUCCCAUUACUCACGACGUAAUCUUUAGCAACUCCACCUGCGAGCUCAAGAUCACCGCCGCCGGAGCUACUGAAUUCGUGGGGACUCUGACGCCAGGGACGCCGGUGAAUUACUCUUCUUCACGCCGGAGCCAAGCUUCGAGAAAGGCUUCUUCUUUAGACAGAGAAGGAUUAGGGUUUCACCAGAGCAGAAGAGAGAGAGAUAGAGAUUCCGCCAUUAAUGGAGACAAUUCCUCUGUUUCUUGCCAUAAAUGCGGCGAGAAAUUUAGCAAACUCGAAGCUGCAGAAGCUCACCAUCUCACUAAACACGCCGUGACUGAGCUCAUGGAAGGAGACUCGUCGAGGAAGAUUGUGGAGAUAAUCUGCAGAACAAGUUGGUUAAAGACAGAGAAUCAAGGAGGGAGAAUCGACCGGAUCUUGAAAGUGCACAACAUGCAAAAAACCUUAGCAAGAUUUGAAGAAUACAGAGACACAGUGAAGAUCAGAGCAAGCAAGCUACAAAAGAAACACCCGAGAUGUAUCGCCGACGGAAACGAGCUGCUCAGGUUUCACGGCACCACCGUCGCUUGCGCUUUAGGGAUAAACGGGUCGACGAGUUUGUGUUCGUCGGAAAAAUGCUGCGUUUGCCGGAUUAUACGAAACGGGUUCUCGGCGAAACGGGAGAUGAAUAACGGAAUUGGGGUUUUUACUGCGUCGACGAGUGAGAGGGCGUUUGAGUCAAUUGUGAUUGACGACGGUGGUGGUGGUAGUGAUCGGAAGGCGUUGAUUGUGUGUCGGGUAAUCGCCGGGAGGGUUCAUCGGCCGGUGGAGAAUUUAGAGGAGAUGAGUGGGUUAUUGAAUGGGUUUGAUUCUUUAGCCGGUAAAGUUGGGUUGUACACAAAUGUUGAGGAGCUUUAUUUGCUCAACUCUCGAGCUUUGCUUCCUUGUUUUGUGCUGAUUUGCAAACAUUGAACCAAACUUUCGAUGAAAGAAAUGGGAAGUUUUGGUUGAUAAGUUGUGUCACUUCGAAACGCCAAUUUGGUGUUUUGAUCUCAGUCGUAAAAAUCUUAGCUUUCAGAAAUAAAUGUGUUAAAGCAAA